CGUUCAUCUUUUCUAUAUACUCUCCCACAAAGAACUUCGAAAACAAUCGAUAACCAUUCUCGAAUCUCGCGAGAGAAUUCCUCAAAAGCAUGGCUCCUCCGAGCCGCAUCUGGGAUGCCUACCGCACUCUCGGAAUCACGAAUCCUAACAAAGCGGGGCUUACAUGUGUUGGUGAGAUCCGGCAUGGCAAGAGAUGUCGCUGGGACAUUCCUAGUGACGAUGAGCCGCAAGUCCGUUCGAUAUUGAACAAGAUGGAGACUAAAGCGCCAUUCGACGCCAGACCUCUACUAAAACGCCUCGGAAGGUUGACGCUUUGCGAGGAUUAUCAUCGAAGUCAACUUAUGGACAAAUUGAAGGAAUGGGAGGAUGUGAUUGAAGAUGCUGAGAAAUUUUGGCAGAGGGCAUUCUUGCAGGUCAAAGCGAGGAAGGUUGCUUUGAAGAUGCUUGAAAAAGAGCGUGAUAGGACGAGUCAGCUGGAGCAAGAGAUUGCCAGAUGGAAAAGCGGCGAGCAGGUUAACAUCGCAACACUCGUCUCGGUGGUGAAAGCAGAAGCCGAGGCUGUAGAGGAGAAUAUACUGAGACAAGAAACGGAGAAAAAGCUACAGGACAGUCAAGCUCAUGCCAAAAAAAUGUCGGAUAACCAUCAAGCAGUGUUGGGUUAUUGGAACGAUCUCAUACGCACAUCACAGUACAAAGAUAAAGAGGCACAAACAAUGCUGGAAAAGCAUGCUGAAACGGUCAAAGAAUUGCUGGAUACGAAGCAUUUGUUUUCAACGUGCCAAGGCGAGUGCGAGCAAUUACGAAUUGAUAUCAAUAAACAAAACAGCAUAUUCGACUUGAAUGGCGCAGAGCUCGAUAAGCUCAAAGUCAAUCACACCGAGAUGUCUACCUCGAUGGAACAGCUGACCGUGCAAGUUCGAGCCAAAGGGCGGACGAAUGGCAGACUGAAGGCAGAACUUGCUCAGAUAACGGACGAACGAGACCUGAGCCUGAAAGAGAAAGUUGAUCUUAAAACUCAACUCGAUUAUGCAAAUGGGACGAUCGACUUGUUGAAAUUGAGUUUGGCCGAGGAAGGAGCAUCCAGCAUUGCUCUGUCCGACUCGCGACAACAACUCGAACAAGAACUGAGACUCGAAAAUCAGAAAUUGAUGGACCUCAAACAGUCGAAAUCGCAGCUGGAGGAUGACCAUGCAGUGCUUGCAGAACAAGAAUUGGAGCUCAAAUCUCAACUUUCGAACGAACAAUCCACGUCUGCGAAGCUACAGCAAAGUUUAGAAGAUGCUAUCCUGAAGCUUACGAGUUCCGAAGAUCGUUGAAAGUUACUGAGAAUAGACUAUUGCUUAGUAAGACGAGAUUGGAAGAGCUCAGUGCCGAUCUGCUCAACAGCCAACGCAUUAAUGAGACAGCGCGCAAACAGGCGCUUGAGGUUGAGGCAACUCUCAAUUCACACUUGACCAAGUUUGCCCGAGAGGCAAGCUUGGCAAGAGCGUAUCCAUUGACGACAUUUCUGGGACAAGUUUUUCGAGGCUUGAUUAAUCGAACUCUGUAUUCGCCUGGUUUAACGGGAAGAGGGGGUGGACGGGAUUCUAUGGAUGGUAUGGGCUGAACUUGAAGCCACGAGCAUCAAAGUGAGCAUCGAGAAAUUACUGUAUCAUCAAAUCAAAC